UGUACAAGCCCAGCUGGCUAAUGUCUGGCAGGGAGAUCCAAGGCGGGAGACAGGAGCAGAGGGUGGGAACCUGCAUUAGACACCACAGCAAUCCCAGGCCUGAGCGGAGAACUGCAGGGAAAGGAUGGGGCCUAGACCCCUGUGUCUGAAGAAGGACUGGAGACUGCAUCCUUGGGUCUGAGGGAGGAGGGCUGGAGUUGUGAACGCUGGGUCUGAAGGACUGGAGCCUGCACGCCUGAGUCUGAGGGAGGAGGGGCGGGGUCUAGACCCCAGUGUCUGAUGGAGGAGGGCUACAGCCCAGACGCCUGGAACUGAAGUUGCCGAGGCCCGGCUUCCGAGGUGCCGGCUCGCGCGUGCUAGGCGGGAUCCCCCGCCCCUCCUCCGCCGUCGGGCGCCGCCCCGCCUCCUCCCAGACCCAGGCCCUCCCAAGCGCAAACGGCGAGUUGCCGGCGAGCAGCGGGCGUCCGAGCUGCCAGCGAGCCGGAGGAGGAGCCGCGGCGGCGCCAAGGGCAGCCGGGGAGCAGAGAAGGGCGCCCCAGGUGGUUGCCCCCUCCCUCUCCUGAGAUGUCAGGGAGGAGGCUACCUGUAUCCUACACAGGGGCCCCACAGAGCCUGGGGGCCCCCAGCCCCAGAGUGAGGAGGUGGAGGUGCUGCUGACAGGUGUGCAAGCCAUGCUCCCACGCCACUCCUGCUCUCUCAUCCUUUUCCUUUUCCUACUCCCCAGCAUCCCCAUGGAGCCCCAAUCCCCAUCCUCCACCCUGCCCCCAUUUCUGGCCCCUGAGUGGGACCUCCUAUCUCCCCGUGUGGCCCUGUCAAGGGGCGCCCCUUCUGGGCCCCCUCUUCUCUUCCUGCUGGAGGCUGGAGCCUAUGGGGAGCCGGCAGCGACCCCAGCCAACCGCAGCCGGCGUGGGGUGAGUGAGACUGCGCCCGCGAGCCGCCGGGGUGAGCUAGCCGUGUGCGACGCAGUGAGUGGCUGGGUGACGGACCGGCGGACGGCUGUGGACUUGCGUGGGCGCGAGGUGGAAGUGCUGGGCGAGGUGCCUGCAGCAGGUGGCAGUCCCCUGCGUCAGUACUUCUUCGAGACGCGCUGCAAGGCCGAAAGCGCUGGGGAAGGUGGCCCGGGUGUGGGCGGAGGAGGUUGUCGCGGUGUGGAUCGGAGGCACUGGCUCUCAGAAUGCAAGGCAAAGCAGUCCUAUGUGCGGGCGUUGACUGCGGACUCCCAGGGCCGCGUGGGCUGGCGCUGGAUUCGGAUCGACACAGCUUGCGUCUGCACGCUUCUCAGCAGAACAGGCCGGGCCUGA